AUGAGCACCAAAUUCGCCAAUCGGAAAAAGCCGCGCAAGAUCGGCGGAGAUGAUGAAGAUGAAGGAGACGAACAAGAUACAGGACCCGUUGUCAAGAAGCCCGUCAGUUCCAAAGCAAAGCAAAAGUCAAAACUACGUGUUUCGUUCGGUCCCGGCGAGACCUCUAUGGCAGAUGAUGAAGGACAGGACAGCGAGGUUGUAAUACCCAAACGGCCUGGGUUGGGAAGACGAGCGCUUGAGAAUACUGCGUCCAAGUCGACAUCGGGGAGGAACAUUCCUUUAAGGGUCGGCCCCGAACAAGAUCGGCCCAGUUACAACAACGAUUACCUGAAGGAACUUCGAGAUUCGACGCCCUCGACACCGAAAACGCCCGCCACCGAUGAGGAGAAGGAAAAGACGGUCGAUGUUGCUGCAAAGUUCGGGGAGGUAAUGAAAGCGUCCGCGCCAGCCGCAAUUCCAAGCGAAGCGGAAAUCAGGGAAAAGAAGGCUAGAAGGGCACGAUUAGCAAAGGAACAUGGUGCCACCGUGACCGAGCAAGAUUAUAUCUCUCUGGAGGAUAAUGCGGGCGAUGCUGAAUGGGAAGAAGGCGCACGGGAGGAUCACAGAGAUACGCGACUCAUCAGAGACGACGAAGAUUUUGCCGAAGGGUUCGACGAGUUUGUGGAGGAUGGUCGUAUAUCCCUUGGAAAAAAGGCCGAGCGCGAACAGCAGCGAAGACAACGCGAACAGAUGAAAGAACUCAUCAACGAUGCCGAGGGGUCAUCAGAUGAGGACGACUCCGACAUCGAAGAAAGGGCCGCGUAUGAGGCUACUCAAACGAGGGCUGCGAUGGGCAAGAGCGGCCGGGAUCCUUUUGAGCGACCGAAGACACCCCCCAAGAUGACCUCGCUCCCCCGACUCUCAACUUGUCUGGAUCGUCUGCGCACCAAUCUCGCUGUUAUGGAGCAGUCGAAAACGCAGAUGAUCGGUCGGAUGGAAGAGCUGAGAAAGGAGAAAGCCGACAUCGCCGUCCGGGAGGUAGAGAUUCAAGCUUUGAUCAAAGAGGCGGGCGAUAAUUAUGAGAAACUCAAACAAGAGGCUGGUCGUGCUCCUGCGGCCAUCGAGGACGGGACAGCCGAUGGAGAUAUCCAGAAUUCGCGAGGACUAGAGAGCUUUGGCACUCCUAUGGCCGAGUCGUCAGCGAAUUCCGAGAUUGAAUCAUGA